AUGAAAAGAAGCUUUGUAAAAUAUUCCCAGUCUGACUUCCAAGACUUCAGCUUUCCUAUAAACAAAGAGUUUAGGAACAGCAUUGCUGUCGCUGGAAUUCAGGCUGGAAUUGUUGUUGCAUAUGCUUCUGACAGAUUAAUUAUUGUUUUAAUGAGCGGCAAGUAUAUUGCAGCAAUCCUAAAAGACCAUACAGCCAGGGUAUGCACACUUGCAUUUGAACAAAGAGAACCACACAUUAUUUCAUGUGAUGUCGAAGCAAAUUGUUAUUUUUGGCACUAUCACGAAAAUUCAUGGGAAAACACUCGUACAGUACAAAUUUCUUCACCAGUUACAUCAAUUGUAUGGUGCGGAUUUAGACGUAUCAUUUGCUAUUCUUCUAAAGAUGGAUUAUUUUCAAGUCCUGUAUCUACAUUUGGCACUGAUAAGAAGAAAUUAGCGCCUAAAUCAGAAAUCUGCGCUUUUAAUUUCGAUGCUUCUCUUAUCGCUUCUCAUACUUUUGGAAAAUAUUUGACAAUUUUUAAUUUGACGCUUGAAAAUUAUUGUGAAGUUCUCAAAUUAUCAUCAAACAUCAUAAAAUUCGAUUUUCAUCCACGUCUACCGAUUCUUUUGACUUAUUCACAAGAUGGAAUCCUCAGAAUUUGGAAACAAUCGAAAUACUCUACAUUUGCAUGCUCAGCUGCAAUCAACGCUCCUGCUCCUGGAUGCUUUAUACACAUGCCGAUAUUUUUCCCGGAGAAAUACACUUUUCGAAAGAAUCAUAUGGGAAAAAUCGCGUUUAUUGACGAUAACGAGAAAAUAAUUACAUUAAAUCUCAGCGAAAAUGGUCGUUUCAUCAGCGGAAAACCAGCAGCAGCGUUCGAAGGUUGCAAUUUUACAAAGAAAAAGCACAACAUUCCAAUUCAAGCUUAUCAUACAAAUACAUGUACUCUUGCACUUACUAUCAACGACAACAACAUCUCUUUAGUCAUGAAAUCAACGAAAAAUACAUUAUUUUCAAAAACAACAUUUCUUUUUCAUACGGAGAAGGUUAUUUCAGCUGCGUUCUCUACAGAUUCUCAAUCUCUUGCUACUUUGGAUAAAUCUGGAAUUAUGAUAAUUUGGUUUUUGUACAAUAUCUUCAAGAACCCUUUCAUCGCGUCCACUGAUGUCCAAGCAAUGAAAUAUUUGACUCAAAAUGAAGUUUUAUUCUCGAAAUUAAAUAAAUUAUACAAAAUUAACAUAAAUACAAGGGAAAUCAAGCCAAUAGAGUUCCCAGAAUAUUCGGAUAUCAAGAGCUUAUUCAUAUUUAAUGGCCAACCAUAUGUUUUGACACAAAAUCAGAUAAUAUCUCAAAAUACCAAAAAAGAUAUUCAGCCAUACGACUUCUUUUCGAUCUCCAAAGAGUACGAGAACAAUUGUUUGCUGGUUUUCGGAAAGAAAAAUGGAGAAAUUUGGACAAUAUACUUAUCUGACAUGAAAGAACUUGAAAUACCAUCAUUAAACAAAGAGAUCUUUGAUGUUUGUGCUGUUUCCAUCUACGAAUUCUCAGUUAUGAGCAAAAAUGAAGCAAUUUUCUUUUCAAAUCCUGAAGGAACAAAGUUUAUCGAGAAUGGAGAGAUGGUAACUCCACCUCUUAAAGGUUUCUGUGUCGAGAGCCAUAUCAUGGCUUCAAGAAUCAUUGCUCAUGACGGGUCUUCAAUUAUAUCUUUACAAAACAACCCGACAAAGCUCCUUACGUUACGUGAAUUGCAAAGUCCAAUUGAUUUUAUUGUUGUUUCGCCUAUUGGUGAUCUCUGCGUUGUUUGCGAUAAGAAUUUUUAUUUUCAUUCCGGCUUCAGCCAGCUUUAUUGGGACGAAAGAAUACCGUUUAGGCGCCACCAACAACAAACCAAGGAGCAGACAGUUACUAUUGAAGAGCACAAGAUUAUUAAACAGUUAGAUAGAGAUUGCGACGUCAUGGUUUCUCCUGAUAUUUAUCUAGAGAGACGUUCAGAUGCAGCUAAUAUCUGUCGUAAUACUCUUGUCCAUUUACUUGAGUUUUCUUCGGCAUAUUCUUUGGAUGAUGUUAAUCCCAUUCAAAUGCCAGCAUUUCCGAACCAGAUCGCGUUCCCUGAUUCUUUCUUUUUACCAGAAACAGCAGAUCCUUCCUAUUUAAAGAGUUUAGAAACAAUUAAAUCAAUUACCGGAGAUUUGGAUAUGUUUUCCUUAAGAUAUAUCCUCGGAAUCCUCGAAAGCAACAAGCCACCAACAUUUUUAGCCCUUUGGCUUUCGUUUUCGGCCACUCAAGCUCAAGCUCUUCAAUAUAUCUCCGACAAAAUCACGACGGCCAACAUUUCUCCCUUCUUUAUUGGAAUAUGUAUCAAAAACCAGCGACUUCUUGAAGAUUUCACGUCGAAAGCUCUAUCAAAUACGUGGAUUUUAUUCAAAAAACCAGAAUUAGUCGCUUUAUUCCAUAUUGCGAUGGGAAGUGUCCAUAAACUUCCUAAACUCUACAAUAUCGCUGAAGAUAACCCUCGUGCUGAGUUCUUUAAGAAAGAUUUCACUCAAGAAAGGUGGAGAAAGUCCGCUCUGAAGAACGCUUACUCAUCAUUGUCACACCACGGCUUCGACAUGGCCGCAGCGUUAUUCCUGGUCGCAGGAGAUGUCGAAUCAGCCGUCGGAGUCAUUGUGAAUCAGAUGAAGGAUCCAAUAUUGGCAUUUCACAUUCUCCGACUGAUCGAAAAAACAGUAAAUGGCCCAUACAUGAAGAAAUUCCUUCAAACGGUCGAAUGGGAUGAUGAAGUUGUUCCAUGUAUAAUAUCAAAUUUAAUUUCACCGUUUGAAACACAAGAGAAGCUCAGGAAAGCAUUGGCAUCGCCUCUUAAGCCAACAAUGUUCGGAGACCAACGCCCUGCUUUGUUCCAAAUCCUUUACCAUUUGAGUAGAAACAAAAAUGACGCAACCGCCGUCGCCCAUUCACUUCUUUGCUCUGGUUUGGCUCCACUGGCUUCGUAUGUAUUGAAAUACAGCGAAUGUCCGUACGAUAAACCGCGUUUGACCGGUGCAAACGUUAUUGAUAUUAUCGAACAGGACCAAAAGCAAAAUAAAGAGGAAGAAGAUGAAGAAGAACAACCAAAGAAAAAUAUGUUCGCGUCUUCGACCAAUUCUGAAGAGGAUGAUACAAAUUUCGAUUUUGGAGGCGGCGGAAUGGACGAUUGGGACGACAGAACAGAAGACAGCGAUGAUUGGAAGUCAUCGGAAUCAGAUGAUGAAGACGAAGAAAAGAAAAACAAAGAAAAAUCCGAAGAUGAAGAAUAUUCCGAAAAAGAAACCGAAAAAAUCGAACAAAAAGAGGAAGAUAAAUUAUCAGUAUUAGUCAAAGAAUACAUAUCUCGAAGAGUUAAGAGUCUUUGCAACCUUUUCGCAGAUAAAAGUAUAAUUGACAACGAUGCCGCCUCUUUCUGUAUCCAUUUCGCAGCCAUUGACCUUGGUCGGACAUUUUUAGAUGACAAAGAGAAAGAAAUUUUGGCAGAAAAAUUAUCAACUUAUAUUGACUUUUGUUGUAUGCUCUUCUUGAACUCAGCAAAAAUUCCAUCCAAGCCAGCGAAUCUUUUCGGCCUCUUACUUUAUCUACACAGCUUUUAUUGCGAUCCAAAUGAAGCAUUAACUCUCAAAUCCAUCAAAGAAAUGCCAUCGAACGGCUUCAUGCACUCUGUGUUCUUUGGAGCCUUCACAGUUGGCUUGUGGACAUUCUUACAUCAUUUAAUUUGCCAAAUUUUAGGAAGUCCACGCGUUAACACCAUUCUUUUCGUUCCCAGCGAUCUUCCACCCGCACAAGCUCUUUUCAACGCCGAUAUCUUCGCUCCCCGCUAUCCAGAUUCCGUUCCCGACUUAUUAUCCAGAUAUGCAACCGGAACUUCCUUAGAUAGAGACCGAACUCUUGCCAUGAUCCUUCUUCUUAAGCGGUUCUACAACGAAACAGCCCAUUUCACACACGAAAAAGACAAGGAAUGGCAGGAACACAUUCUAGCGAGAUUGUGGUCGCUCAUGAAAACACUUCACUUCUUCCAAGUCGCGUUCCAAUCUCCUCCAUUUGCGUUGCCGAACACAAUAGGAACACUCCACCCACUGACAGAGAUCAUUGUAGACACUCAUAAAGCGGAACAGUUGUAUCUCGCCAUAAUUCAGAAGAAGUCCUUAGAAAAAGUUGCGAUGCCUGCAAUUUUCAGAGGUAAUCAAUUUGCUUUUUCAAAGGAAGAUGUUUCCAUUAUCACUUUUAACGGAAAUUGUCUUUCAUUUGCUGUCACUCCCUUGUCCAAACAGAAGUUUGUAGUUGUAUCAGACCAGGUCUACAUGACACAACUCGAUAGAAAGCAUUCGCACCCUUUGUUUGGCUUCACUCAGAAUAUGUUAUCAGAUGUCGUGACAUUACUGAGCCAUCCUCACUUCGAUCUGUUCAUAUUAGUCACCAAAUCGAACGCCUACCUCAUGGACGGCAGCCAGAAGGAUGAAGUUGUUUUCCAUUUAGAUACAAAUUCAAUAACAUGCGCCGCUUUCUCUCCGAAUGGUACAAAAGUUGCUUUUGGCACCGCAAACGAGUUAAUCAUCAUACAGCUCGAGAUCGGAAGAGAAAACAUUUACCCUGUUUUUAGAAUGCCAUGUUCAAAAUCAAUUACAAGUUUGUGUUGGUUGAAUUCUGAUACACAACUUAUAAUAGGAAGUGAUUCUUGUUUGAUGCUAGCUGAUACAUUGACAUGCGAACUGUUCAGACUAUCAGAAAAUCCUUCUUGGGGACCAGUAACAUGUGUAAAACUUGAUGAAUCAUGCAAGUUUUUGGUUUUCGGAACAAUGAGUGGAAAAACAGUUAUUGUUGAUAUGAACAAAGGAUUUGAAGUUGUCUGCGUUUAUUCAAUGACUACUUCUAUUGUUUCUAUUGUUAUUCUUUUGGAUUUGUGUGUAAUAGCAAGCAGUGAUGGAUUGAUUACUGCAUUUCCAAUUGGAAAAACAGCUCUUCACGCAAGUUUUAACUCUCCUGUUCCAAUUACUUGUUUCACUGCUUUGGAUGACUCUGUAAUAGCAACAGGAUCUAAAUUCCUUCUUGUUUGGAAGGUUCAAUAA